AUGAUGGAAUACAUUUGUUAUUUUUUAUAAUCAAAUAUUGAAAUCAUUCAUUCAAACUUCUGUUGGUUUAUAAACAUCGAUGCAGGAAUCGAAUAAGUGCCUACUGAAACCCAUAUUUAUUUUGCUGCUGUUUGUGAUUCUCUAUUUUAUGUAUCCAGACAAUUAUGUGAGAAAUUGAAAAUAUAGAAUAAAAAUGAAUGAUCACUUACUAUUUUUAUGGAAAUGGAAAUAUUGUUUCAUACUAUUAUGACAGAUCCAAAAGGAUCAAAAAGUAAUAUUGCUGCUAGGUUCCAAAAUGCUCUUAAUCUGCAUGUUCUACCACCCAUUGGAGUAUUUUGGGACAUUGAAAACUGUCAAGUACCUAAAGGAAAAUCAGCCAUUGCUCUUGUACAAAAUAUCCGAGAAAAAUUUUUUAAAGAUCAUAGGGAAGCUGAAUUCAUGUGUGUUUGUGAUAUAAAUAAAGAAAGUAAAGUUGUUAUUCAAGAAUUACUAUUUGCACAGGUUACUGUUGUUCACAUUAGUGCAACUAGUAAAAAUGCUGCAGAUGAUAAAUUAAAGCAAUGCAUGAAACGAUUUGUAGAUACUCAUGGUACCCCAGCCACAUUACUUCUCAUUUCUGAUGAUGUAAAUUUUGCAUCCGAUUUAUCUGAUUUUCGUCAUCGUCAUAACAUUAGGAUCGUUUUAAUUCAUCGAGGUCAUGCUCAUCCAUCACUUCUUACCUGUGCUCAUGAACAUUAUACAUUUUCCACCAUAACUCAAGAUUUGCCUGUUAGAAGUCCUGUAAAAUCUGUAGAUAGUCGUCCAUGUGAAUUGAUAGUAUCAGAUUUACCUGUUAACAGAAAAGAAGGUCUUAUAAAAAACAGAUUACUCAAAUUAUCUAACAACUGUGGAGGAAAAGUUGUAUCUGUAAAUGGAAGUAAAGCUAUUGUUAGAUUUGCAAAUGCUGAUUCUGCUGCAAGGGCUAAAAAGCGCAUGGAUAAAGAAAUAGUAUUUGGAAAUAAAAUUUGUGUAAAUUUUAGAACUCGUUGUGAUAAUGAAUAUAGUUAUUCUCCACCAAGAGAUCAUGCCAAAGAUUAUGACUCAAGUGAGGAAUCUUAUAUAACUAGCAGCAGUCGUGAUUCCUCUCUUUCUCCUAGGUCAAAUGAUAUUGAAAAAAAUGCAAGUAUUGUGUGUAAUAAUUCUACUACAAAGAAAUUUGAUUUCCCUCCACCUCCAGUAAUAAAUGAACAAAACUCCCCAUCUCUACUUAAGGAAAAAAACUUCAAAAAGAACCCAGUGGUUAAAAACUUAAUAGACAAUUCCAAACUAUUUGUAAAUACUAAUAACUCUGAGAGUGUGAAAGAGCGAAAACUUCCUACAAUGGAUUGGAAUAAUAUGAAAUCAGUGUGUCACACCAGUGAUAAAUUUCAAGAAAUUUCUGCUUUUUCUCCUUUCAAGAAAGACCAGGAUUAUAAUUUUAAAAAAUAUUCCCAAAGAAAUGUUGGUAGAGUGUCACCAUUUUUUAUGCAAGAUUCUGAUUUAAAAUCAGCAAAAAACAUAAUGCAUUUAAGUGAAUCGUUGGCUAAUCGACGGAAUCAUGCUGCAAACUCCUUCCAAAUGUAUUCUAGUCAUGGAUUUCAUGGGCUUUCUCAAAAUAUUUCUAUGCCAUUAAAUGAAAUUCAAAGGAUAAGUGACCCAAUUCCAUUUUGCGCACAAUGGCCUGGACCUUCAUCACUGUCUAUUGAAUCUGCACAAUCCAUUUCUAAUGGCAGUGUUGUUUCUUCUGACGUAUCAUCUUAUGUGGAACUGUAUGUAUCAAAUUUAGAUCCUACAUUUGAAGUGAAUGAAAUGAAGAAAAUCUUAUUAUCAGUUUUUAGUGAACAUGUUAUGGUUAUUCACAUAUCAAUGUCUUUGCAACCAGAUGGUAGUGCGAAAGCAACAGUGAAAGUUCCCUCACUUCAGGAUGCUCAAUAUGCUAUAUCCCGUUUACAUCGACGGAAAAUUGGUCACAAAAGAAUACUUAUUUCUCAUGCAUCAUCUGAGAAAAGUCCACCAUUCCAUGUUUUAAAGUCUGAAACUAUUGCUCUUUUAAAUGAUAUACCUGCCAAAAAUUUACCUUUGAUUAAAUUCAGAGAAUUGUAUGAAAAAAGAUAUCAUAGACCUAUUGCUGUUUCUGAACUUUAUAAAAUGAGAGAUGCUGUUACAAUUCAAGGUGAUUCAGGUAGUCGUAUGGUGUAUUUGAAUUCGGAUUAUUGUAAAACUCCAUCGCUACCUGAUUCUGAAGAUUCUCAAGAAUUUACAAUUCUAGAGCGUCCAUAUUGUGAACGUCAUUUCCAGGUAUCUGAUUCCCAAGGUUGGGCUGAACAAUACAGUAUUUGUCCAUUACCAUUAGUUUAUAUAUCCCUUAAAACAUUAUCACCUGCAGUUCAUAGGCUAUUGGACACUCACCAAGGAUCACUUCCAUUGAUUAGCUUUUGUGAUUGCUAUGAAGCUGAAAUUGGACCGUUACCAGUUGUUGGUAAUGUUGACAACUCAGUGAAAGAUGAUGAUUCAGAUUCUGAACCAGUUGGAAAUGAAAGCUGUGUUGCCAAAAAAGGAGUACCAUUAGAGCAUUUGAUUGCCUGUGUUACUGGUGUUGAAGUGGCAAAAUCUGUUCUUUGCAUCAAGAAAGUUCAGUGGCUUGAAAAUAAAAUGCUAGAUAAUCCAAUUUUUCAAAAUUUUAGUCCUGCUUUAGCUGGACAGUUAACUCUUUUUGGAAGAGAAGUUAUGGAUCUUCUGAAAAAUCAGCCACAAUGUUUAGUUGCAUUCAACAAAUUUAUUCCUACAUAUCAUCAUCAUUUUGGAAGACAAUGUCGUGUUGCUGAUUAUGGUUUCACUAAAUUAAUUGAUCUUCUAGAAGCUAUACCUCAUAUUGUUCAGGUGUUGGGGGAAGGCCAAAAUCGUCAAGUUACCCUUACACAUCGCACUCAAGUAAAGCGAUUUGCUGCAGAACUCCUAAGGAUUUUAAAAUCUCGAGCUAGUAAGCAAAUAUCUGUAUCUGAAUUUCCUCAUGCUUAUGAGCAAGUGAUUGAAAAACCAUUUGAAAUUACAAGUUAUGGAGUCUGUGACAUUCAAGAUAUGCUUGAUGAAGUUCCAGAAAAUGUAAUUGUUAAACGGCCUUAUGCAUAUGGUAAAUUGAUGCUUCCUUUUUCAUCUUCUUUUUUCCUGGUUACAGAACAGAUUUGCAAAUCAGGUACUGAAACUGUUAUUGGCAUUCCCAAAAGAGAACAAACAGCUGAAGAAAUUGAACGUACCAAACAGUUUGCUUCUGAAGUUGUGGAAUUAAUGAAGCAUACACCUUAUUGUACAAUGCCUUUUAAUAAAUUUAUACCAUCAUAUCAUCAUCAUUUUGGUAAACAGUGCAGAGUUGCAGAUUAUGGUUUUACAAAGCUCAUAGAAUUAUUUGAAGCUAUUCCAGAUGUUUUAGAGGUAUCUGGUACUGGUGAGGAUAAAGUUCUUAAAUUAGUGGAAAAAGAACAACAUAAAAUACUUUCUGAUCGUCUUGUAGCCAUUUUAAAGAUGCAACCAAAUGAAGUUAUAGACAUCAGUCAAAUUAGUUCAGCCUAUGCAAUAAUGCACGGACAUGCUUUGCGACCAGUGGAUUUUGGUUUUUCUGAUUUUCAUGAAAUGCUUGAAAAACUGGAUUCAGCAUUAAGAAUAGUCAUUGGAUAUGGACGCACUUAUAUAACCCUAGUGGACCAAGGAGUUGUUCAUCAAAUAUCAUUUAAUGUCCGUCUGUUGUUAAUGGAAACUCAUGAAUGUAAAAUGUCUAUAAAAGACGUUUGUAAAAUCUACCAGUCACGCUUUCGCCAAAAGAUUAACCUCUCAUUGCAUCUCCGAGACAUGGCUAAUAUAAUUCAGGUAGUUGAUGAUAUUGUGCAGUUAACACCCUUGCACAAGCUUGCAAGGGACAUGGUAUUACUGUUGCAAGAUCAUGGAGGUCAAGUUCCAUUUUCUACUUUUGGUAGCUUAUUUCAACAAAAAUUCGGAGAAUCAAUUUGCACAGCUCAUUAUGGAUUCCCUAAUCUAUAUGUCAUGCUUGAAAACUUAUCAGAUUAUUUCUCUAUUAAAGGAAAGAGGCAAAAGCGAAUGGUUUGUUUAAACUCCCAAUCCAUAGGACAAUUACCUGAUUUCACCUCUCAUAAAGCUAAUUUGGAUGCUUCAUAUCUAAAAGAAAAAUCAGAUAUCCUGAGUGACCCAAUUCCUAGUUGCAUACCCUCACCGAGUUUGAAACCUGAUGUGAAUGAAGCUACAAAUGAUUUUAUGGGUUUUGAAACACCUGUCCCAUUUCCUGGUGUUGUAUUGCAUGAGGAGUCUUCUCUGUAUGGCAAAGAAGUUUCAAAGGAAGAUUCUGUGCAUAACACUGACGAUAAUGCUACUUGUACUGUAUUACCUCAUCAAAUUACCAUUGAAGGCAGCUCUUCAUAUACUUCAUCAACAGUCAUAUCGCCUGCUGUAACACAUUUUAAUCCUCGGUUAUAUGAAUCAUUAAGUGCUCAGACCUCAAUUCUUUCAUCCAAAGAGUCUAUUUAUGUACAAAGUUCUCCUGUGAUAGCAAAUUGUAAAGAGUAUGUUACUCCAAUAAUAACACAUUUGAGUGUUGGGCCAUGUAAAAUUUCAAUGGGCAGUGAAAAUCAAUUGCCUCAUUCUUCAUGUACAGAAGAAAAAUCUUAUUCUAAAAGCAAUAUUCGGAAAUCAAAAGAAUCUGAAUCAUGUGAAGAUCUAACAAAAUAUACUGAUGGUGCAAAAGAAAAAAUUAUUCAGAGUUCAAAAAGCACUCCAACGAAAACAAUUAGGCAGCCAAAUAGGCGGACGAGAAUUGCUGCUCAAUUUUCUAUGCCUAUUGAAUAAUUAUUUUUUACCAGCUGAGGCACUAUUUUAGUGUUUCAAGGUGGGUGAAAUGAGCAAUAAUUUUAGUAGAUGUUUUUGUAGCUUUUACUGUUGUUUCAUUGUUAAACUAUUUAUUUAUGCUAAAUUUGUAUAUGUCCUGUGUUAUAAACGAGAGUAAUGGAAUUGUGAAAGAAACACUUAUUUUGUUAUUUCAGUCUUUCAACUAUUUUAUUUAUUGUUAUUAUUUUUAAAAAAUGGCACACAAAGCUUUUAACCAACUUACUCUUCUAAGUAUUUAAUAAGUUUUGGUUGAUAACAAAGAAAUGGAAUUGUGUGUUUGCUUCUAUGAAAGCAAGACAAUUGUUUUUUAUUUCCCACCAGUGAGAAUGUGAUUUUCUUUCUUUCUUAUACAUUUUAAAGCAAUGGCUGGUAGCAGCAAGAUAUUUUCAGUCCUAUAUGAUACUUUUUAGCUCUUUUAAUAAUGUGAUGGUUCGAUGAGAAACCUGGUAUGUACGUGAAAGAGGUUACACCCAGUUGUUUUGACUGAGGAAUAUCAAAGCCAUGCAUGUUUGAUGCAUAUGAGGCAGAUAAUCUUUUCAUUUGCAUGCAAUAUAAUUUCUUGCAUUGCAGUUGAAAAUUUCAUGCAAUUUAUUGUUCUUUCAUUAUAAUUAUGUAAAGGGAAAUUUUGUUUUUAAUUGUUCCAAUACAUCAUUGAAUUCAUGCAAUUACACUUUCCUUGUGUAGAAUGAAUGUAAACUAAGUGAAUUUAUAUAUACUUGCAUUGCAAGUAAAAUGGCUAUUGGAAAUGUUUGUUUUCUAAAAUUAAUUUUUUUCGUUAAUAAUGGGGUUUUUUCAUGUAACUCAAAUUUUGAUGUAAGUAAAUUUCAGUAUUGUUUUGGGUAUUCAUUUUUACCUCGUAAAAUUUAAUGUUCAAACUGAAAAUGUUUUUCCUUUACACUUUUAUUAAAAUCCCACUGCAUGUUAUGUAUUUCUAAAUUUAUUUUAAUUAAUAAUAUUUUUCUUAGGUUCUUGUUUACCAUUUAAUGUUAAUGCUUAUAUUUAUAAGUUUGAUUUUUUUUUUUUUACAAGGAAAAUAAAAUUCCGAAUGCAAUUUACUUUUGUGUGAUUUCUGAUAUUAAUAAGAGUACAACCAAAUGUGAUAAAUUGAACAAUAAUUAUUAACAGUACAGUCAAAUGUAUUAAUUGCAAAAUAAUUUGUGAAUCAUUCCAUGAAAUGUUGAACACGCUUUCUGUGUUUAAUGAAACUGUUUCUAGCAUCCUUAAGGAUUUUAGUAUAAGUGAAAUUUGUGUCUCAGUGAAACAUAUGAUUUGCUCUUUUCUUUUAUAAAAAGAAAUUAAAAGCUAUCAAUAUAUAAAACAGAUUGUAAAAUGAAUUUAAUUUUGUAUCUGCCUUAAUACA